GAUAUGGGAUCAAUAAACUGAAAGGGUUUCGUCAUUCGACGAAAUUUAGAAUUAAUUGGGAAAGUUUAUCGUGGUUGAUCGAGCGCGAGUUUCCGUCUGAUAGGAUCGUAGUGAAACCCUCGAGUGAGAAAAUGGCAGAUGAAUUGAAAAUAUGGCGGAGUUGUGCGUGAGAUGAAUUAAGUUGAAAAGUGACGUAUGAAUCCUCGUGUCGUCCAUGUAUGUACGAUAGAAGGGAAACAGAUGAUUGUGAUGAUAUUAAAGCAAUGAGACAAGAAAUGUCAAAUGCAUGAAUAAUCGAAGAACUUUGAACUCGUAAUCUAUCGUAUUUUAAUACAAUCAUUUAAUAACUGUAACUAAAUUAUAUAUCGAUAUACAUAUAUAGCUUAGACGGGUGAAGUUUUGCCAAGUCGACGAAGUGUUUUUAUUUAGAGAAAUGUGUUUUAUUAACAGUUAUACGUACUAGAGAAUAAAGAAAAAAGAAAAUAGUAAAGGUCGAGCGUGUUCUUCUAUAUUCAACGAUCGACAAUCGUAAUUCUUUUUACAAGAACAUUAGAAGAAGGGAAGAAAAAGAAAAAGAAAAAGAGAAAGUAAGGAAAAUGAGUUCGGUUUGGAAACGACUUCAACGAGUAAACAAAAGAGCGGCGAAAUUCCAAUUUACCGUUUCGUAUCACGAGGUCACUCUCGAGACAACAACGAAAUGGAAACCAAACAAAUUAAGCGUUGUAUGGACAAGACGUAGUAGAAGAGUUAGUACAGAACCUUUGGAUUGGGAACCAAAUUUAAGCGAUCCAUUGAAAGGUGUUAUUAGUUGGCCAGUUCCAGACAAUCAUACAGUUUCUGUAACGUUGUUCAAAGAUCCUAGGACUCAUGAAUUAGAAGACAAGGAUUGGUCUUUUGUUAUUGAAGAUGUUUCUUCUACGGGUAAAAGACGACAUGUAGCUGCUGCAAAUAUAAACAUGAAAAAGUAUGCUACACUCGAAUCUAGUCAGCAACAACUUAAAUUAGAUUUGAAACCGACUUCCAAAAAAAUUGUUAGUGCUACAUUAGAAUGUACAUUGUCGUGUGUAUUUUUGAGAGAAGGCAAAGCAACGGACGAAGACAUGCAGAGUAUGGCUAGUUUGAUGUCAGUUAAUAAUAACAGCGAUAUUGCUCCAUUAGAUGAUUUUGAUAAUGAGGAUAUACCCGAAGAUGUAGAAGAGGUUAUAGUCAAAAAUAUGGAUGAAAUUUUAGAUAUCUCUGCUCAACUUGAUUUAAUGACAAGUAGUCUUACAGAAAGCGAAUUACCUAGUACUCCAAUCAGUGUGGCAAGUUUAUCUAAAGAUGAUACAACUCCUGUAAAUGACGAUGAUCAUUUCAUACGCGAAAUAAGUUUAACAGGAAUUGGAGAUAGCUUGAAAGACAAGUCACCUUUAAAGGAUAAUGUUGCGGCUGAAAAUGACAAAAAUAUCGAACAUAGCUCAUUGAGAUUGCCACUGCAACCAUUGGACUUUAAAAAGAAUGAAAUGAAUAUGCCUAAAUUAAAGGAAGUUACACCUGGUCAAGAUUUGUUGGAAUGGUGUAAAGAAGUAACAAAAGACUAUCCUGGUGUUAAAGUUACUAACUUGACAACAUCUUGGAGAAAUGGAAUGGCAUUUUGUUCUAUUAUUCAUCAUUUUAGACCUGAUCUUAUUGAUAUAGAAUCUUUAUUAUCACAUGAUGUAAAAGGUAAUUGUAAAAAAGCAUUUGAUGCUGGAGAAGCUCUAGGAAUACCUAGAGUGAUAGAGCCUGCUGAUAUGGAUAUCUUAACUGUACCUGAUAAAUUAGCUGUGAUGACAUAUUUAUAUCAAUUGAGAGCACAUUUCACAGGACAUGAAUUGGAGGUACAUCAAAUAGGUAAAACAACUGAUGAAUCUUCUUAUAUGAUUGGUAGAUUUAAUACAGAUAAUAAUACAGAUGUAAGUGUACAAUUGUUCGGUCAAGAAAUAAUUAAUUUACGUAAAAAGGAGCAAAUGGAACAAAGAAAUAAUAAAACUGACAGUAAUAGACGGUCGAAUCCAUUUGAUAAUAAUCAAUAUAAAAAGGAUGAUAUCAGUAUUGAUACGAUAAAAAAUAAAUUACAUUUGAGUUUAAAUGCAGAUAAUCAAGAUGAUCAAUUUAAUAAAGACAAAUCACCUUCCAGUGUAAAAGAUGUUAAAGAUAUUAUACUUGCUAGUUCAAAGAGCAUUUUGGGAAAAGUUUUAUCCCCAACAAAAGAAAAAUAUGCAUCUAGAGAAAAGAGCAAGUCUCCACCCAGAAUACCUCAAGCGCAGCAACGUCCUAUACUUAUGACACGCCGGCAAUUAACAGACCCAUUUGGGUCUGACGACGAGGAGGAAAAUAUUCAAAUUAUCGAUGACAAAUGGUCUCAAUCAAUUUCUAUUACCAAAUCGCAAUCGCCAGUUCGUGAUGACUCGAUUAAUACUGUUGAUAAAGGAAGUCGCGGUAAUUCAGAAUGUCAAAGUGCUUCACCUCCGCAUGGAGAGCAACGUGCACAACAUCCGUUAGUUAGUCGGCAUGACGAAUUGAGGGAACGUGCGAGACAGUUAUUGGAACAAGCCAGAAAUCAAUCGAAGCCUGCUGGCAUUGUUUCCGUUGCUACCAGUCCAGUUGAGACUCAAAGCGACGAUGAAAGACAACAACAAUUACGUGAAAGAGCAAGACGUUUGAUAGCAGAAGUAAAAAUGGGUGUUAAUGUUAAUCCAAGUCAAAAUAAUGAUGAUAAUAAUAGUGAUAGAAGAUCAAUGGAUGAUCAAAAUAAUAGUCCAAGAAGAAGUGUUACACCAUCCACACCUGGAGAUAGAUUAAGCAUAAAGUCCGAGUAUAAUGGAAAUAUAUUAGGUAAUACAAGUGACGUGGAAAAGAAAACUGGCUCGCCUUUGUAUUCGUUCUCUAAAAUCAUAGAAAGAAUUUCUCCUGAUAAAACUAGUCCUGAUAGAACUCCGUAUUCUCUUAGAGGCUUGGGUAAAGAUAUGACAUCAUAUAUUCAAAACGAACUCGAAGCUUUGGAGAGAGAACAAACUCAGAUAGAUAUACAAGCUGGUAAACUUGAGAAACAACUCAGAGCUGCCAUGGAAAGUGAUAAUGAAGAUGAAACUGAAAGACUGAUGUCUCUAUGGUUUACGCUUGUUAAUAAGAAAAAUGCUUUAUUGAGAAGGCAAAUGCAAUUAAAUAUAUUAGAAAAAGAAGAUGAUUUAGAACGUCGUUUCGAACUUUUAAAUCGGGAAUUAAGAAGCAUUCUUGCUGUGGAAGAUUGGAGAAAGACAACUGAACAAAAAAUGCGUGAAAAUUUAUUGUUGGAAGAAUUAGUGUCAAUUGUUAACAAAAGAGAUGAGUUAGUGCAUCAUCUUGAUACUCAAGAAAGAGCUAUCGAGGAUGACGAUGAAAUAGAACGCGAUUUAUCACGAGCAGGUUUAGCUCAGCGAAAUAAAAAUUGUGUCGUGCAAUGAACAUCCGAUUUAAUGUCGUCAUUAUAUUUUUUAAGUUCAAGGUAAACCAAUUGGUAAAGUAUAUGCGAUAUUUUUGAAGGAAAAAAAAAACAAAACAAAACAAAAAUGAUAAUAAUAAUAAAUAACUAGUUCAGCAGUAAUAUAAGAGCAAUAACGACGUUACACAUACCGUGUCUUGAGUCAUGCGAUGUAUGCAUUACAGGCACUAUUCAUUUUAUUGUGGAGUUGCCAAAGAAAAUAAAAAGUGUCCAGUGUGUAGAUCAUUCUUAACAUUUUUUAUUCGAACAAUAAUAAUCUAUAAGUGUCCAUUUCUUUUAUUUUCUUAUAUAUAUCUUCCCGGGAUAACGUUUGAUGUUUACAUAUGUAACACAUUUACAUGUUAUAAUAUGUUUUAGUCUACUUCCUAUUGAUUAUACUUGAACGGAAUAAUUAUCGAUUUGUAUUAAACAUUCAAAUUUAAAUAUGAGAUAUAAAAAAAUGUAUAAAUCAAUAAUAGCUAUUACAGUUAUUAUUAUGGAUUUAUAAAGUAAUGAGUUUUUCCAAAAAAUCGUCAUCUAUGAUGAAUCGUUUGAAUAAUCGUUUUCUAAAUUUAUUAAAAACGACGAAUGUUCGGAAUCAAUUUUUAAUUAGAUUCACCUCAAUAUAAAUAAUUUAUAACAUAUGAAUAUAUAUCAUUUUUUAAUUCUCACUAUUCAAUUUAGUUAAAUUUUAUGAGAUAAAAGAGAUACAAUCUUGCUAGAAUAUACUGAUAUGUAAAAAGCUAAUUUAUCUUUUCUUUAAAUGUCACAUAAGAGCGAUCUCUAAAAUCUCUAAACAAAAAAUUUAACAUACAAUCAAUUCAUAGUAAAACAGUAUUAAUCCAGAUAUAUUUACAGGAAAAUACUAUUUGAUUGCAAUUUCUUAUUGCAAUUUUACCUUUGCUAAUUGAUACAAUAUAAGGGAAAUAUUUUAAAGGGAAUAUCAUAUAUAUAUAUAUUGUUUAUAAUGAUGACAAUUGAACUCAUCAAUUAUUACAUACACUCUACACUUGUGCCAUAUAUGGACAUUAUAGAUUUUUUAUAUAUAAAAAAAAAAAAAAAAUAAAUAUGCACAUACAUGUUUGACCAUGCUGCUGCUAUAAAAAAGAAAACAAAAUGUGUUAGUUGCUAUUUAUGAUGUGUGCAAUUUUUAUAGUUAUAAUUUUAGCAUUAAUUCAGCAAGAAAUGUAAAGCUAAUUACUUUCUUAAGUACAUACUUUUCAAUACUCUCAUUUUAUAUAUGAAUAUUUAAGAUUGUGCAUAAUAUUACAUGAUAUUCGGUUAACUAUCCUUUUACAAUAUUUAUUUUAUCAAAGCAUGUGCAUCUUUCGAUAAUUUCGUCUUAUAAAAUUUUGGCCUAAUCCGUACGUAUACAUGUUUUUCAUUAUUGAAUAUGAUUAUUAUUCUUUCUAAAUUCGGAAUAAAAUUUUAUUUUUCAGUUUUUUGUAAAUAUUGUAACGUAAGAUCUGAUCGAUUAAUUGAGUUAAUUUUUUUGCUUUAUAAAUAUUAGAUUUUGACA